AUGGAACCCAGAAAUCACACAGAUGCUCCAGAAUUCUUUCUACUAGGAUUGGCAGAUGAUCCAGGACUGCAGCCUCUCUUCUUCAUUCUGUUCCUGUCCAUGUUCCUGGUCACCAUCCUGGGAAAUCUACUCAUCAUUCUGAUUGUCAUCUCUGACUCUCACCUGCACACCCCCAUGUAUUUCUUUCUCUCCAAUCUGUCCUUUACUGACAUCUGUUUAAGCACAACCACAAUCCCAAAGAUGUUGACGAUCAUCCAAGCACAGAAUCAGAGUGUUACUUAUGCAGGCUGCCUUACACAGAGUUACUUUGUCCUGGCUUUUGUUUGUUUGGAAAAUUUUCUUCUUGUGAUAAUGGCCUAUGACCGCUAUGUGGCCAUUUGUCAGCCACUGAGGUACAUGCUCACCAUGAACUCCUGCUUCUGUGGACUGCUGAUUCUAUUCUCCCUGUUCAUUAGCAUUGUGGAUCCCCUUCUCCACAGUCUAAUGGUGUUGCGGCUGACCUUCUGCACAAACCUGGAAAUCUCCCUCUUCUUCUGUGAUGUUGUUCAGCUCAUCAAGAUUGCAUGUUCUGAUACCCUCAUCAAUAACAUCCUGAUAUAUUGUGCAAGUAGCAUAUUUGGUGGUAUUCCUGUGUGUGGAAUCAUAUUCUCUUAUACUAAGAUACUCUUCUCUGUUUUGAGAAUGCCAUCAGUGGGUGGCAAGUAUAAAGCUUUUUCCACCUGUGGGUCUCACCUCUCAAUUGUGUUCUUAUUCUAUGGGACAGGAUUUGGGGUGUACAUUAGUUCUACUCUCGCUAACUCUUCCGUAAACACUGCAGUGGCUUCAGUGAUGUACACUGUUGUCCCUCAAAUGCUGAACCCCUUCAUCUAUAGCCUGAGGAACAGGGACAUUAAGGGAGUCUUGAUAAAACUCAUCAGUAGGAUACCUUCUCUUCUUUGA